AGUUAUCCUUCUGUCUUUUUCUAGCCCACAGACAAAGAACAGGAGUUUGCAGCUGCAAGUGCAAAACAGCUUGAAUAUCAACAGUUAGAGGACGACAAGCUCUCUCAAAAAUCAUCAUCAAGCAAACUUUCCAAGUCUCCUCUAAAGAUUGUCAAGAAACCUAAAAAUAUGCAGUGCAAAGUGACACUCCUGGAUGGAUCUGAAUAUGCAUGUGAAGUAGAGAAACGUUCCAGAGGUCAAGUGCUAUUCGACAAAGUGUGUGAGCAUCUGAACCUUUUGGAAAAAGACUACUUUGGGCUAACAUACAGAGACACAGAAAACCAAAAGAAUUGGUUGGACCCUGCCAAGGAAAUCAAGAAGCAGAUCCGAAGUGGUGCUUGGCAGUUUGCAUUUAAUGUGAAAUUCUACCCUCCAGAUCCUGCCCAGCUAUCUGAAGAUAUUACCAGGUACUACCUCUGCUUGCAGCUGAGAGAUGACAUCGUGUCUGGCCGGCUGCCCUGCUCCUUUGUCACCCUUGCCCUGCUGGGCUCCUAUACUGUGCAGUCUGAGCUUGGUGACUACGACCCGGAUGAGUACGGCAGUGACUAUGUCAGCGAGUUUCGCUUUGCACCGAAUCACACUAAAGAGCUGGAAGAUAAGGUGAUCGAGCUGCACAAGAGCCACAGGGGAAUGACACCUGCUGAGGCUGAGAUGCAUUUUCUGGAGAAUGCCAAAAAGUUAUCAAUGUAUGGAGUAGAUCUCCAUCAUGCCAAGGAUUCUGAAGGAGUGGAAAUCAUGUUAGGAGUUUGCGCAAGUGGGCUCUUAAUAUAUCGAGACCGACUCAGAAUAAAUAGAUUUGCCUGGCCAAAGGUUCUGAAAAUUUCAUACAAAAGGAACAACUUCUACAUCAAAAUCCGACCAGGGGAGUUUGAGCAGUUUGAAAGCACUAUUGGGUUUAAGUUGCCAAAUCAUCGUGCUGCAAAGCGCUUAUGGAAAGUGUGUGUUGAGCACCAUACAUUUUUCAGGCUCCUUCUACCUGAAGCACCUCCAAAGAAGUUCCUCACACUGGGCUCCAAGUUUCGUUACAGCGGUAGGACACAGGCUCAGACGAGAAGAGCCAGUGCACUCAUAGACCGGCCCGCACCUUACUUUGAGCGGUCUUCUAGUAAACGUUACACGAUGUCCCGCAGCUUGGAUGGCGGUAAGGUCCUCUUCAUUGACUUGGUCAGAAGUUACAGUCGUGAUGGUCACUGCUUUAAAUUUGAUGUAAGCCUCUUGUAAUUUCAUACCCCCUGA